AAAAAGUUGAAAAACGCGGCUAUGACUGAGUAGCUAGCUCAUACUGAAUUAUAUAAUAGCAAAAGGGGGGCCCCAAUGGUACCGAGCGCGAAAAAUUGCUCCAUUAAACGCAAGUAUUUUGUGCAAUUUUUCGCAUUUAUUUGUCAAGUUUGAAUAUCUCAGAAGUUCGAUUGUUACCCGCUAUAGUGCGGGGAUUUAAACAAGACAUAAUGGCGGCGCCCAUGAUGGUCAUCUGUGACGUCUAAUGAAUUCGCAGAUUAAACGGUGAAACUUGAUUUCAUUCAGGGUCAAAGUUUUCGUGAUUUUUCAUCCUAAUGUCCUAAUUAAUUUGUACAGUGUCCCACCGAACGUAACCUUUAAGUGCCUAAGGAAUCACGUUAGAUUCCAGCUAACAUGAACAAGAGAUCGUCGAAUUCGAGAAAUCCAAAUGAAUCUGUGUUUGCCAAUCAACCCAGGAGGAGUAAAAAACGAAGCAGCAGGAAGGGCAAAGAGGGAAAUGAAUCCUGGUACAGUAAUGACAAAGAUAGAGAUAGGGACAGUCAUGAACCGAGUGAGGACGAAGUGCCCGGAUUAGAAUACGCAUCUAUGUUUUGGCAACAGCCAAGACUGCCUCAGCCACAAGCACACCCAGCUCAUAAUGGACAAAGGCUUUUCACAGCAAUGUCAGAUCCCAGUGUUUGUGGUUAUUCGGCGGUUCCAAUAACUUAUGCCAUGGAGCCAGUUUCCUUACCCCCUAUGUAUCGCCUCUAUCAACCAGUAGUCAGACCAAAUUAUAGACCCUAUCGUGGUCGAAUGCGACCAUCUUCAUCACGGGUGCAUAAUGGGCCUCUAUGUAGCAGCGAUACCAUGACAAAUGGGUACUCAAGUCUUCAAGAAAAUGGUUGGAACCAUUCGACACCUGCAGCCUACCAAAAUGGAGACUAUGCAAGUUUGCCUCCUACAGCCAAUAUAGACAAUAAAGAUAACAGAGAUGAAUUGAGUUCAGAACAUAGGCGAUACUCUGACCCUGGCUUGGGACCCGCUGAUUUACCAAAUAAUUCAAAGAGUGACAGCGACAGCGGAGACAGCAGUAGUUCUAUAAUUACUGUUGGAAAGAGUAAUAAAUUAUUUGUGACACUCUUUGAGCAGAUGACAAGGAUGAAGGAGGCAAACAGUCAGUUGUUCAGGGAACUGCACCAAGCCAAAACUGAUCUAGAAAAUGUCAAGACUGAGUUGAAUCAAUUCAAGCAAAAUGUUCCUUCAGAUUACCAGCCAGGAAUGUUGUCAGAUAUCAUCAAGGAAAUCAGAGAUGCCAGCAUAGUAAAGGAGGAGGCGAUGCUUUCGAAAAUGCGCCUGUUAAUGGAGAGCCAGCAAUGUCAGAGGUCGUCAAAUCUGGAGCAGUUGAGGAGUCAGCUGGAACGAGUGCGCCUCGAGAAGGAGGAGAGCGAGGAGCGGAUCGGCAAGCUGGAGAAGGAGGUGGCCGCGCUGAGGCUGUGCUUGAACGAGAGCCGGGAGAUCGCGGCGUUCGAGGAGGAGAACCUGGCGCUACGCCGCGAGCUGCAGGAGGCGAGGGCCUCGAGGAACCUGGCCGAGGGCCACGCGACAAAACUGGAGAGACUGAUGGGGAUUCUACGCGAGAAAGCGGGUGCGUCCGAGGCCAAGGAGGUGCCGUCGACGAUGACCAAAACGAAGAGCAAGCAGAAGUCAGGAGCAAGCAGUAGUAGCAGCGGAAGCAGCGACAACGAUCCAGAGCCCGAUGACACCGUUUUCGCCUCCCACGACUCAUCCAACAGCAACUCGGCCAACAACAGCAGCACCAGCUUGGCCACUGGACCCGUCACCGACCUCUGAGUCACUGAAAGGCUCCUCAUUUUCAUAUAAGAACACGCGUAUACGCACCCUCUUCUUAUUAUCGUCAUCAUCAUUAUUCUUUUUUAGAACGUAUAAGGUAUGAUCAAUUUUAUCCCGACACUGCUGAGGCGAAAUCUCGAGCUGUUGUUUUUUCGCGUUAAGCGAACUUUUUACAAUAUGACAUUACAUUCUAAAUGGAUUGCUCUCUUCAAUAUUUUCUUUUAACACUUUUCGACGCACACGAACUCGUUCAGGGAUUUUUGUGUGUUCUGUAGUGCUGUUUUAAGCUCUCUUUUUUAACUUUUACUAUCGUACGACUUCUUUUAACCUUUUUGUUAGCCCAUAUUAGGAGCACAGACUCACACACUCCCAAAACGGAACAGAUUAUGUUUAACGUGCGGUUUUAAACGCGGAACCACUUUAAAUGCGUGUACAAUGUACAUAUACAUAAAAGUAAUGCCAAAAUCGAAGAAUUAUUUAUUUCUACGCUUAUAUAUAUAUAUAUAUUUAGAGAAAAAUUCGUUACUUCAAUAUUUAUUAUAUAGCAUUGAUCACUUGUAUAUUUAUAUUUUAUACGCAUGAUGUACUCGUAUUUCCAUUCAUAGUGUGCGCAUAUUGCAGAUACGAGACUAGCGCUUGAAACAAUAAUCAAAUUAUUAGUGUUAUAGAGUUUGGGAAAGCGAAUGUUAACAUAUGAAACGUAUAUGCCUAUUUUAAUCAUUAGACACUGUCGUGUUGUCAUAAAUCAUGUUUUGGCGCUAUAUAGAUGAAGGAAUUGAAAGACGCAAGAGCGUCGCUUUACCUUUAAGCUUGCACUGGUUGGGCGAAAUUUUCGAUGUGAAAAGUUGCUUGUAUUGAAGAAUUUCGUUUGACCAAUGAAAGCAUCACGUCAUAGGUAUAAGUCGAAUUCCGCCCUAUUUCGGUCGAAUUUCGCCUCGCAAUGGUGAAAUCAAUCACGCUGUAUGACAAGCGCUCGCCGACUAUUUUGUACAUUCUAUCUACCGUCACUAUCAAUUCGUGUAAGAUGUCCAAUAAUAACAGAACUCCUCGUAAGCGGCCUUCAAAGUCACUCAUACUAUUCAGAUUAUGAAAUUUUUGAUAUAGUUAUUUUUAUACCUGUAUUUUUCUCCAGAAGCAUCGAGUACCUUGUGUAGAAGAUUGCGUAACGAGUUGGGGCGAAUGUUUUCAAUUAUUAUUAUUAUUAUUAUUAUUAUUAUCAUUAUUACCAUUAUUAUUAUUACUCAGCACAGUUUUGAGUUUCCGCACGAAUCUGAGAACGUCGAAAACAUGUGUAAAUCGAGUAUAAUGCUGAGAGUGAGUCGCGCAGCUGCCGCGGACAAGUCGAUUGUCAAAAGCGAUUGCAGGAGGAACUUUGCAAGUGCCAUUAGCUAAUUUUUUACGACACUGACGACAGUCCGAUAGCUCUCGGAACUCUUAGCAUUAUCGAGGAUUAUUAUUUCUUCACGUCGAGUAAUACAAGUGUAAAUGUGGAAAUCGUCGAAAGAAUCAGCUUCGCGUCGAACCGGUACUUAAGAGCGGCUACGCUCCAGCGACUUGCAUUGUAUAACGAUAGAAUGAUUUUUGAAUAAAUUGAACCUUUACACCUGAA